CCCACGUGGGGGCAUGCUGCUGAUGUGGUGCGAGGUGACUGGUUUCGUCCUCAAGCUGCCUUGUCGCCUUGUGAAGGGGAUCAUUCCCUUUGUCAAGUAGUGCUUUGGAUGGAUUCUCCAGCAUCUCCAUUUGUCCUCUACUGACACGGGUCGCUACACGCCAAGCCCUCGCAGAUCCUCCUCUGCCGACACUUUCCAACCCCAGAAACUACACCGGAUAUGGAGUUUGAAGAGUUCGCUAUCCCCGAGGACCAACCAGCCGGGGAGACCGGGGGCUCCCAAGCCAAUCCUGCCAGGACUUUCCCGGUCAAUCCAGAGACCGUGGAAAUCCUGGAUGAGGAUGAGCCCCAAGAAGACCGGUCUAAGGGGAAGGAGAAGGAGAAGGCCGGUCGCCGGGUGAAGAAGGUGGCCACCACGCACCCCUCCUAUGCCAAGAAGAGGGCCCGGUCAGAUCCUGAGCCGGCCGGCCAGACCAUCGAAGAGGCCUUCGUCAACCUGGGGCUGAGGCUGAAGGAGGCGGGGGAGAUUGGACCCCUCACAGCCGACCGGCUUGGUUUAGGCUCUCCCUCGGAGUUUGCCCGGCUGAAGAAGGAGAAGGAGGAGAUGGCCCUCAUCUUGAAGAGCCAGGCUGACGAGCUGAUCAGGCUGUCUGGGUUAGCCGGGACCCUGAAGACCGAGAUCUCACAGCUAAAGGAGGAGAAUGGCCGGCUAAUGGAUGAAAUCUCUGAGGCCUAGAGGGAAGCAGCGGAGAAGGAAGAAACCUUCCCCGGGCGUGCUGUCGCCUGGGUUGAAGAGAACAAGGGCGUUGCUGCCCGGGUGAUGACGGCGACUCCAGAGACGACAAUGGAGUCCUUCAGGCUUCUGUAUCGGG